CAACUCCCUCAGGUGUCGGUGGCUGGCGACUGAGCGAGUCUCAGCUCCAUUUCUGAGCUCUAACAAGGCCAAAGGAGAAGCCAUGGGAACGUCUUCUUCUUCUUCUUCACCGUUCCUCGUCCUCCUGUUUGCAAGAAUCUGUGGAGUGAUAGUGGCAAUGCUCGUGCUCUCUUGGGCUCUCGCCUUCAAAUCUAGCUUCCUCCCUCACUCCUCCUCUCAAGAAGACCUCAUUUAUUCUGUUCUUCACCCCCUAUUGAUGGUCAUCGGCUUCAUUCUCAUUAGUGGAGAAGCGAUCUUGGUCCACAGAUGGUUGCCUGGUUCGAGGAACAUGAAGAAAUCGGUGCAUCUGUGGCUUCAAGGAGUGGCUCUGGGAAGUGGGGUUUUCGGCAUUUGGACGAAGUUCCACGGACAAGAUGGGGUUGUGGGUAAUUUCUACAGCUUGCAUUCUUGGAUGGGCUUGAUCUGCGUCUCCUUGUUUGGACUUCAGUGGUUGAUGGGUUUCCUGAGCUUCUGGCACAGAGGAGAGGCGCGGUCGAUAAGAAUGAAGGUGUUGCCUUGGCACAUCUUCCUUGGACUCUACACCUACGGCUUGGCUGUGGCCACAGCAGAGACCGGACUCCUAGAGAAGUUGACGUUCCUACAGACGAUGAGAAACGUAGAGAAACACGGUUCGGAGUCCAUGGUCGUGAACAGUCUCGGUCUGGGAUUGGCCCUGCUCAGCGGUAUCGUCAUAUUGGCUGCAGUUUCUCCGAAGUACCAUUCUCUUCAAACUAAGCUUAUAUACUCACACUCUGAACCCAAGAACUUGACUUCCUAGUUUGGUGCGAUGUGGGUGGGAGGUCAAUGUAAAUAGUGUGACUGUUUCAUUGCUAUCUGAUUUCUUCAUACGUCAAUUUCCACAGCUCUGGUUCUGCUUGUCUUUGACUCA